UCUCAGGAAGCAUAUAUUGGGUUCAAAUUAAGUGAGACUUAACUCUCAACUUGGUGUCUUUGAGUUCAAUAUCUUUUUUAAAGUUUGCUUGUUUCUUAGGGUUUGCUUCAUUGUCAAGCUGUUCUUGUGUCAGGAAGUUUCUUGCUCUUCAGUUUUCCUCUAGGGUUUUUAACAUAGUUCCUCAGAAACUUUUCAUCUAUUGCUUUUGGAUUCAACUUUCAGUCUGAAGAAAGAAAAAAAAAGGAAUAAAGAAAGAAAAGGAAAGCUUGGAUCUCUUUCCAUAUAAAGGGAAGUAGUGAAAAGAAUGGAUGAGAGAAGUGAUACUGAUAAAAUGGAAGAAAUCUUGCUUCCAGGAUUCAGGUUUCAUCCAACUGAUGAAGAGCUUGUUGGGUUUUAUCUCAAAAGAAAGAUUCAACAACGGCCUCUCUCAAUAGAGUUGAUUAAGCAACUUGACAUCUAUAAAUAUGAUCCAUGGGAUCUUCCAAAGCUGGCGACCACGGGAGAGAAAGAGUGGUAUUUCUACUGUCCUAGGGACAGAAAAUACAGAAAUAGUGCAAGGCCUAAUCGAGUAACUGGAGCAGGAUUUUGGAAAGCCACAGGAACUGACCGCCCCAUAUAUUCCUCGGAAGGCACUAAGUGCAUUGGCUUGAAGAAAUCUCUUGUUUUCUACAAAGGUAGAGCAGCCAAAGGGGUGAAAACUGACUGGAUGAUGCAUGAGUUUAGGUUACCUUCUCUCACUGACUCCGCACCACCAAAGAGAUUCUUGGACAAAAGCCUUCCUGCCAAUGAUUCUUGGGCGAUAUGCAGGAUAUUCAAGAAAACCAGCUCCACAGCUCAAAGAGCUCUUUCUCACUCGUGGGUUUCUCCAAUACCUGAAACAUCAUCAAUGUAUGAUAUGCCUAGUAGAGGUUCAAACAGUUCUCAACUUUCUUCUAAAAACAUACCCCUGACAGCAAAAACCAGUUCAUCACCAGUCCAGUUUAACCAUAAAGCUGACCUACUACAGACAUCUACUGCUGCAUUUUCUCCUUUAGACUUUGUUUCUUACAAGCCCAUCACCCAGAUGGCUGCAGAGAAGCCUCCUCAACUUCCCAUGUCUACCAUGUCUAAUGGAGACCUAACUAGCCUUAUUUUUGCACCUCUUAAUCAAAUCUCAUCACCUGCAAAAUCCGCAGUUGAUGUUACUUCUAUGUUGCUAAACAUGUCAUCUUCCAUGCUUGGAAAUUACAGUAAGGCCUCUGAUAGUGUACAUUUUGGUGGCGGAUCACAAUAUCAUUGCAAUGGCUUCUCAGGGACAUUGCCCCCUGAGAUGCAAGGGAACAUGAUCAAUAAUGGAGAUCAUGAAAAUUUCCUAUUUAAAAGCCUGAAUGUGACCCAUGUUGAUGAUCAGUGGGAUGCUGUUCGAUCCAUUGGAUUUCCCUUCAGUUUGCCUUUGCCUAUGAGUAUGGGAGAUGCUUGGAAGCCAAGCAUGCCUUGGGAUUCUUCAAGUCCUAGUGAGAUGUCAACAAGUUUUUCCUCGACCAAGUGUUAUACUUGAUGUAAUUGAUAUACUGUGAAAAACCUUUCCCAGUUUAG